CGCACCAUAAAACGGGGAAGCGCGCACAGUCCUACCUACCUCUGCAAUCAUGGUCCUCAAGCGCUUUACCGGCCUGCUGAACAGGCGCUCCGAUGACGAGCCCGCCGCAGACGCCGAUACGCCAGAAGCAAAUGCGACCAGGGGCGUGAAGCUCUUCUGCGAGUCUGGAGGCCCGAACAACUCGACCGAGGAAAUCCAAUAUCUCCCCGAUAUCGUGACCGCCGCUGAGUCCUCGCCGCCUGCCGCUGCCGCUUGCGCCUACCAGAUCCGCAAGUUUCUGUCCAAGGACAACUACUCGAAGCCGUACCUGCAGUACAAUGCUAUAAUGCUCAUCCGUAUCCUGGCCGACAACCCUGGCCCGACAUUCACGCGCAACAUGAACGAAAAGUUCGUUACGGUUGUUAAGGAGUUGCUGCGGCAGGGGAAAGACCCGAGCGUCCAGCAGAUCCUCAGGGAGACGCUGUACUCAAUGGAGAGGGACAAGGCGUACGACACCAACCUAAUCCCGCUGUUUAAUAUGUGGCGUAAUGAACAGGUCUUCACGUCAUAUCGAAAGAGAGGAGAGGGUGGCAGCCCGAGCUCCCGCGUGCUGAACGCACCGCCAUGGAACUCGAAUAAUCCUAACCAGCAAGGAGCCCCGACGCUGCCGGCGCACCCAUCCCGCUCCAGGAGCCUCCCGUCACCGGAAGAGCUUGCGGGAAGGAUCGAGGAAGCGAAGACAAGCGCGAAGCUCCUGAUACAACUAAUCCAGAGCACGCAACAGUCGGAGCUUACAAGUAAUGAGCUCGUGCAAGAGUUCGGAGAGAGGUGUCAGCAGGCUCAACGCAGCAUCCAGGGGUACAUAAAUGCAGAGAAUCCUGCUCCGGACGACGAUACCAUGCUCACGCUCAUUGAGACGAACGAGCAGCUCAGUUUGGCCAUGAGCAAGCAUCAGCGAGCGAUGCUUGGUGCUCGCAGGACUGCUAGUUCCAACAACGUCAACGAGGCCACCGACAGCGCACCAACAGCUCCCAGCGGCCCAUUAGUGGAUUACGCCACGAAUUCAUCGUCAUCGACAUCCCCGGUAGCACCGGCAUCUUACGCGCCGUCCUCUGAUCCCCCGGUGCACAGGCAACCCUCCCUCGCGAACCGGGAAUCUCCACCAAGUACCACAGCAAAUGCUGGCUAUGACUCAGGGCGCCAGUCCUCAGACUCCUACUUCAUCAGCGACGACCCUUUCGCCGAUCCUAACGAGCCGCAGAAUUACGGCAGCCACGUCACGACUCAGGCCGAUCUACGCAAUGCGUACGCGGCCAUGGGCGAGGAGACGAAAGGCGGCGUUGCUUCGCCACACCCGGGGUACAACAGCACGCCGAGCUACUUGGCGCGCCAGGAGAGUUCGGGCGUCAACCACACGAUGCACGGUGCCUUUAGCCCAGUUGAAGAGGGCACCGGCACGAAUUUCAGCGGCGUCAGUGCGCUGGGGCCCGAGGAGCACGAGAGGGGUACCACGUACAAUAGCGGCGCGGGUAUGGAUGUGAGCCCGGUGGAGGAGAGGAGAGUUGUUUAUCGGUAUUAGGAGUUUGCGGUGUUGACAAGAUUGACGAUUCAUGUGAGUGAUUGUCAUGUAUUGUUUUUUUCUUCCUACCUUCUUCAGUUGGAAACAAGAUACCAUUGCGUUGGAUUCCACCCAGUAAAAUUCAUUGAAUUUUGUUUAUUGUUUUAAGUGUGUCCCGUAUUCAUACCUAUGGAUCGACUCUGCUACAGUCAAAACUGGUUAUAACGUUCAAGCUACACAGUAGCUAUCGACCCUUGGAGAGACAUUCAUGAUGCGAUCUGCU